GGGGAGCGGAAGAAGGUCUGGGGGGAGCGGAAGGGGUAGCCGCCCGCCCGGCGGCGUGCGGGACGGAGCGGCCGCAGGACUGAGUGGCCGCAGGACCGUACUUGAAAUGCCCUGCGAGCGAGGACUGUAGCUCGUCGCUGUGUAGUGGACUUUAGCGCUUCCCCACACGAAUUCCGAGCAGAGACCCGCCCGGGCUCCGCGGCGCGUUCCGUGGGAGGCCAUCGCGGAGGCCCAGUGCCCUCUGCUGGGCCUGGGGACGCAGUGCCCAGACCGCGCGCGGACUUGGAGAGAAAUGGCUGGAAAUCUUUUGAAGACAUCAUCUUUGACUGUAAGGAAAAAAUUACUGCAUCAGAUGGGAGUAUCACUUUAUAAUACAUCUCAUGGGUUCCAUGAGGAAGAAUUAAAAAAAAAACUUGAGCAGUUUCCUGGUGGAUCCGUUGACCUUCAGAAGGAAGACAGUGGCAUUGGCAUUCUUACUCUGAAUAAUCCAAGUAAAAUGAAUGCCUUCUCAGGUGUUAUGAUGCUACAACUUCUGGAAAGAGUGAUUGAAUUGGAAAAUUGGACAGAGGGGAAAGGUCUCAUUGUCCGUGGGGCAGGAAAUACUUUCUCCUCAGGAUCUGAUUUGAAUGCUGUGAAAGCAUUAGCAACUCCAGAGGAUGGACUGGUCUUAUGUAUGUUCAUGCAGAACACCUUAACAAGAUUGAUGAGACUCCCUUUAAUAAGUGUUGCGCUGAUUCAAGGUCGGGCAUUGGGUGGAGGAGCAGAAGUUACUACAGCAUGUGAUUUCAGAUUAAUGACUGCAGAGAGUGAGAUCAGAUUUGUCCACAAAGACAUGGGUAUAAUACCAAGCUGGGGCGGUGCUACCCGACUAAGUAAAAUCAUUGGCAGUAGGCAGACUCUCAAAGUGUUAAGCGGGGCUCUCAAAUUGGAUUCAAAAAAAGCUCUAGACAUAGGAAUGGCUGAAGAGAUCUUGCAGUCUACAGAUGAAACUGAAUGUCUAAGGGAGGCACGAGAAUGGCUAAUGCAGUUUACCAGAGGGCCACCGGAAGUAAUUAGAGCUUUGAAAACAUGUGUUUCUUCAGGCAAAGAGCUUUGUUUCGAGGAGGCAUUACAGAUUGAAAAAGACCUAGUAGGAACAGUUUGGGGUGGACCUGCAAAUAAAGAGGCUAUUGCCAGGAAAGGAAAAUUUAAUAAAUAGUUUUUAAAAAUAUGAUGUACUACAAAGGAAAACCCCAGUGAUUAACAUUUAUAGAAGUUAAAUACCAUAAUUACUUUGAAGGCUACACUAGUAUUUGAUUUGUUUUUAAUCAUUUUUUUUGAAUAGGUGAAGUUAUUGACCUAGUUUCCAGUAUAUUUAGGUAAUUAUCAAAUAAUCUGAAAUAUUCAGCUAAAAUAUCCCACACUUGGCUUAAAAGUUGUCAUCAAUUCCCACACUAGUUCUUACCCUACAACCCAACCAAAGACCAGUUUUUUAAAAGGAAAAACCUUUCCACAAAACCUACUCCUGGAUUAUUUUUUUUGAUAUAGUAUUGGUUCUGUCUUACCUGGAAAUAAUUUACAAAGAUAACUUAAUGAAAACUGCGCUAAAGAACAAAAGUGGAGAGAGGUCAGGGACAAGAUAAAAAAAGGUAUGAUCAAUCAUUUUCUUCUGCUCUAAGCAGC